UCUGUUUCGUUGCUGCUAUCCGACACAACCCCCCAAAAGCCACCGCAAAACCAUCGACGCACCCAAACACUCGAGCCAAACCCCCCAACUCCGAUCACCCCGAUGGCGUCAGACGAGGCCCCCAAGCCGGCGGCGGAUCGAAUUCGGGUGGUCGGCAAGUGGGUCGGCGCCCUGGAGGUGGACCUGGGCGCCUGGACGGUGCCGAUGCUGCGGGCGGAGGUGGCGCGGCGGGUUGGGGACGGCGUGGAGCCCGAACGCGUCGGCCUCAUCUUCGGCGGCCGCGUGCUCAAGGAUGAUCCCCCCGCCUCGCUGCGGGAAGCCGGGCUCAAGGCCAACGCCAAGGUGCUUUCCUCCCUUACAUCCCCCGAUCGCGCCAAGGAAAUCGCCGCAGAAGCCGCCAAGGCGAAGGCCGAGGAGGAGCACGCCGCUAGGCUUGUCAGGCUCUGGGAUGCUGCGAAAGCAAUGUCUCAAAGGCACACAGAUGGGUCCUUCCUUGAAGAUGAAGACUACAACUUAGAUCUUGAGGAUCAAAGUGGCCAGAAAGUGAUGUUUGGAUCUGUUGAUGAUAUGAAGGCUUUGAAGAUGGCUCUAAUGCUUCACCAAAAAGCUAAAACUCAGAUGAAGAAAAAAAUGUACAAGGAAGCACUAGAUGUAUUAAUAAUGGCUGAGGAAGCUUUCUCCCUUUGUGACUCAAAACUCAUUGAGAAAGUUGAUAAUGUGCCAAUGCUUCAACUAGAUAUAGUAUGGUGCUAUUUUGUGCUUCGUGAUAUAUCAUGCCUGGAGGUCGCAGGGACUCGCCUUGAAAAAGCACGAGUAGGAUUUGAACGUUCCCAUGGGAAAGAUUCCUCUCGCUUCAGAGUACUUCAGUCUGGCCGGCAAGCAGAUCUUGCUAUUUACAUAAGGCUGGAGCUUUUGGAAGGAGUGGUAGCAUAUCAUAAUGGUCAAACUGAAAAGGCGCGGGGAUCUCUCACUUCUGCGCAAGCUAAAUACCUGCAGCUUCAAGUACCAGAUGAAGCUAUAUCAAUGUUAAUGGAUAUGGGCUAUGAAGCACGAUCCGCAAAAAGAGCAUUGAAGAUGACUGGCUAUGAUAUUCAAUCAUCUGUGGAUCUCCUGUGUGAUGAACGUGAAAAGAAAAUCCGUAGACAAGAGGAGGACCGAGAGAGACAAAGAGAGAUUCUGGAACAAAUGAGAUAUGGUAAAACUCCCAUGAACAAGGCAGUUGACCUGCAGAAGCUGAGAGGCUUGACUAACAUUGGAUUUGAAAAGUAUCUUGCCGCAGAAGCACUGCGCAUAAAUGAAAAUGAUGCUGAGAAGGCAUUAGAUCUUUUGACAAAUCCUGAAGAAAAUUGCAUCCUGCAAAAUAAAAUUCAGGCAAGGAGGAGACGAGCAACACGUGGAUCAUCGAGCUCCAGGGCUGCUAGGACUGCUCCAGCAACCAACAAUUCUCAGGCUUUUGUUAGCGCUCCACCACAUGCUGUCGAUGGAAAUGCUCCUCCACAUGCUGCAGAUGGAAACCCUCCAGAGGGAAACAAUGCAGAUGGGAAUCUUCCAGAGGGAAACGAUGUGGACGGCAACCCUCCAGAGGGAAAUAGUGCCCAACUUUUGGACUCUGUAGAGGCUAUGAUCAAUGAAGAAACUGCGAACCAAGAUGUAGUUAUGACGGAUGAAGUAGCUGUGAACGAUGAAGACACAAACUCUCAUCCGGUUCCAGCCAGGGACGUGUCCAUGGAAAGUGAGCUUGCCCAUGAACUGACGGGGGAUGCCUUGGAUGACUACGAUAUUGAGGUUAGCGACGAAGGGCAGGCAAUAGCAGAGUACUUGAGCUUACUGGAGUCUGCUGCUAGUUCUUAAUGUGCAAAGAUCUACACUAUUAGAUGGGUAUCCAGCUUCAGAAUAAAAGAUAUAUAGUUUCUGAUGUUGAGUUUGACUUAGUAUGGUGGGCUUGUACAUAAUGCUACCCGUAUGGAUUACAUAUUUACAUGAUGCCUGGAAAUUUCCUAUCGCUGCA